AUGUCGACGGCAUCAUCUGUAGGCGCCGAGCGGCGGCCCUUGCUUCAAGCCCUGGUAAUCGAAAGGCGCAUCCUCUUCGCCUGUACAGCCCUCGUCGGUCUUAGCACAUUUAUAUGGAUCACAGCUGUUUGUACAGAAAAAUGGGUGCAUAUCGAAGGACGAACUGGUGUUUACCUCCCUUCAAAAGGCGAAUAUUUUGUGUGGAGCGAUUCAGGCAUGUGGCAAAUAUGCCGAUAUGUAUUCCAUCCUACACUGAGUUUACCGCCUUCAAUGAAGUACAAUGCAUCGGUGACAACAGCAACGGCCAAGCCAUACGACAUCGACGGUAUGGCAGGAAAAUAUUAUACAAAUUGCACCAACUAUUUAGCGCAACCAGUUUUAAAACACGGAAAGCCAGAAGAUCCUGCAUAUGACAUAGAUAUAGCUAACUACGUUCGAACAAUGGUUUCUUUUGGAAUAAUCAGUUUGUUCGUGAUGGCUAUGGGAUGUGGUUUUUCUACUUAUACUUUUCGCAACCCGCGAUAUAUGUUUAAACGACUUGCGGCUGGAAUCCACUUCAUCAGUACUUCGUGUACGUUUGUGGUUGUACAAAUAACGAUGUCGUGUGUGGACCAUAUGAGGAAAAACGUUAAAUACGUCUAUCCUGAACGUGCCUACCAUUAUUACCACGUUAGCUUUUACUUGGCAUGGUUUGUGGUGCUUGUUAAUCUCUUCGCGGCAGCAUCAUUUCUUUGGUACUCGAGAAAAAGGAAAGGCGACAAAGCAGCUACAGACGAAUUAGCUAUGGCCGACGAGCCUACGAUAAUUGGCCGAUGA